ACCACCAUAUCUAUACAGGCGCUCUCCCGCAAGCUUCGUCCACCUCCCAAGUCAAGCGCGCGCCGGCCGGCUGCGGCUGCCAAGACCGAAGGCAUGGACCGCACCUACAAGGGCGGCAUCAAGGCGUACUGGAAGCGCCGGGGCUACUACCGCGUCGACGCCGGCGCCGCGCAGCGCCGGCCGCCGCUCCCCACCGCGGAGCUCGGAGGUGGCGUCGCCCAGCCGCCGAAGCCGGAGGACGGCUCCGGCCGGCGCCGGCGCCGCGGGUGGCGCGUGCGCCGCGGCCAGCUGGGGCGGCGCCUGCUCCGCGCGCUCUCGCCGCGCCGGUGGCUCGUCCGGCUCCGCGACGCGUACGUGUCGGCCAUGCUGCGGCUGGCCUCCUCCCCCGCCGUCGGGUACGGUGCCGGCGCGCCCUACUGCGCGUCGACGACCCACGGCGCCGCCUUCGCGCGGCCGCCGCAGCUCAAGGAGUACGACGAGAAGGUGCUGGUCGAGAUCUACAGGUCCAUACUCGCGCGCGGCGGGCCCCUCCCCCUCGCCGUCCCCGGCGACGGCGCCGGCGCGCCUGCCGCAGCCACUGCCACCCUACGGCUACCCACGGCUGUCUGAGCGGCAAAGAAAGAUGUAUUCUUCUUCCUUACCACGACAGCUACUGAAUAGUAUCUUUCGCGCGCCUCAAAACAUUUCUUGCCCAUAGAUUCAUUUCUUGCCCAUAGAUUACGGUUCCUGUGUUCUUCACUCACAAUUCAUAAAAGUGUUUAUGGAUUCACAUGUUUGGAAUCGAAAAUCUUGUUCA